CUGGCCAAUGGGAGCCAGGCACAGGGUAUAUAUUCCCGGGUCCUUGAGCGGGACUCUUGGGUCACCUGUUGUGCUGGAGUGAGAAGAGGCAUCCCAGUCUGAUUCUCCCUGUCAGGACUCGUCCCCUCAGCCGCCACCAUGCCUUUCGGAAACACCCACAACAAGUACAAGCUGAACUUCAAGCCGGAGGAGGAGUACCCCGACCUUUCCCAGCACAACAACCACAUGGCCAAGGCCCUCACCUUGGACAUCUACAAGAAGCUGCGUGACAAGGAGACCCCCAGCGGUUUCACCCUUGAUGACAUCAUCCAGACGGGUGUGGACAACCCAGGACACCCCUUCAUCAUGACCGUGGGCUGUGUGGUUGGCGAUGAGGAAUCCUAUGAAGUCUUCAAGGACCUCCUUGACCCAGUCAUCCAGGACCGUCACGGUGGCUACAAGCCCACCGACAAGCACAAGACCGAUCUCAACCAUGAGAACCUGAAGGGUGGAGAUGAUCUGGACCCCAACUACGUCCUCAGCAGCCGCGUCCGGACUGGCCGCAGCAUCAAGGGCUACACCCUGCCCCCCCAUUGCAGCCGUGGGGAGCGCCGUGCCGUCGAGAAUCUCUCCAUCACCGCCUUGAACAGCCUGACCGGAGAGUUCAAGGGCAAAUACUACCCCCUGAAGAACAUGACCGAUGCCGAACAGCAGCAACUCAUCGAUGACCACUUCCUCUUCGACAAGCCCGUCUCGCCCCUCCUGCUCGCCUCCGGCAUGGCCCGGGACUGGCCCGACGGCCGAGGCAUCUGGCACAACGACAACAAGACCUUCUUGGUGUGGGUCAACGAGGAGGACCAUCUCCGGGUCAUCUCCAUGCAGAAGGGGGGCAACAUGAAGGAAGUCUUCCGGCGCUUCUGCGUGGGCUUGCAGAAGAUUGAGGAGAUCUUCAAGAAAGCUGGCCACCCCUUCAGCUGGAACGAGCACUUGGGCUACAUCCUGACCUGCCCCUCCAACCUGGGCACCGGCCUGAGGGGCGGCGUCCAUGUCAAGCUGCCCCACCUCAGCAAGCACCCCAAGUUUGAGGAGACCCUGCACCGUCUCCGUCUGCAGAAGCGUGGCACAGGCGGUGUGGACACCGCGGCCGUGGGGGCUGUCUUUGACAUCUCCAAUGCCGAUCGCCUGGGCUCCUCCGAGGUGGAACAAGUGCAGCUGGUGGUGGACGGCGUUAAGCUGAUGGUCGAGAUGGAGAAGAAGCUGGAGAAGGGCCAGGCCAUCGACGACAUGGUCCCUGCUCAGAAGUGAGAGGCGCCACCCAUUCCCCACACGGACCGGGGCUUGGACUCUGGGGGGUGACCCCGACCCCUCCACUCCCGGAGGCAGCGCCCCCCUGCGCCCCACCCUCUCCUGCCCAGAAGAGGCGAGGGCCCGGUGGGCUUCUGCCCCUCCCUCCACCACCACCACCACUGGGAAGCUCAAGACACCCGAGGAGCCAUCGUGGAAGGCGUGAAUAAAGCACAGAAGCGGGGCCCCAGAGCCUUGCCUCCCCACACAGA